AUGUCCACCCCCAACGAUAACGCCUCCUCGCCGCUCCCGGGCGAUGGGGUGAGCAAGCGCAAACAAGGUUCCGCUGCCUGUGUUCACUGUCACCGGCGCAAAGUUCGCUGCGAUGCCCGAGUCGUCGGAACCCCUUGCACAAACUGUCGCACCUCCGGCAAGACUGAUUGCCGCAUCCAUGAAAAGAAAAAACGACUCGCUGUCCGCUCGAUUCUUGAUCCCGUUCCGAUCCGAUCUCGGCCUUUACCGACAUCUGAUCAUGCAGCCAACCCUACAACUUCAGCCGGCACGCCGCUGCCGCCAAGCUUUCCAACUGCAUUUGGAGGCAGCCCUGCGAUUGGAAAUAACCCCCCGCAGCAAACCUUCUUGUCCAAUGCUACAGAACCAUUUCGCCAAGGCCCAGACCUGUCACACGCCCACGAGGCUCACACAGAGAUGGAGCAACAUCUUGUGAAACUGAUCGAUGAAGAAGAAUCUGGCCAAAGAGAAAUCCAAAGGGGUGUUCGCGCUUUCUAUGUCGGUCAUGAACAUUCGAACAUGUCAUUUUUGAUUCGGCAGCAGCGAGAUCAAGAUGAUGAUGUAUAUCAUUUUGCCAGCAAUGAAAUUCCUAGGAGGCAAAUGAAGACUGGUCAUGAUCAACUUUUGAUGGAUGCGCUUACACUUCCCGAACCGGCACUCGCAGAUGAGCUGGUUCAAGCAUACUUCACCUAUGUUAAUCCAGGGUAUCCAAUUGUUGACGAGGAUCUGUUCAUGGCACAAUACCGAAAUCGGGACCCUUCAGAUCCCCCUCCUGUUUUGUUGCUUCAAGCUAUACUUCUUGUUGGAGCACACGUCACUCGCGGAAAAGCGGAGCGCGAUGCUUUAAAAGAAAUAUUCUUCCGCCGUACCAAAUAUCUGUUCGAUAAUCGCGUUGAGCGAAAUCGAGAUAUUUUAGUCCAAACUGCCUUGUUAUUAACUUGGCAUUCGGAUAGCUCUGAUGAUGAUGUAGCUGCAGACGCUCACUUUUGGGUCGGCGUGGCUGCUCGAAUUGCUACUGGCUUAGGUAUGCAUAGAAAUCCAGUCUCAAGUCGCUUUGUCACUCGAGACAGACGAAUGUGGAGACGAUGCUGGUAUAUCCUGGUCCAAUUUGAUGUGAUGGUCUCUCUUUCAUACGGACGGCCACAAGCUAUAAAUCUCGAUGACUCUGAUGUUUCGCCUUUAACACCGGCUGACUUUGAAAAUUGUGGACCCCGUGUGCAAGCCGAGUUUGUGAUUCACUUCACAGAACUAUGUACUAUGAUUUCCUACUUGAUAAGGGAUCGGUUCGGACUCCGGGCCAGCGAUGAGCGACGAAAGGCCGUUCUUCAGGAAGCCGAUGAAUCUCUCGCAAAUUGGUCGUUAAAACUCCCUGAUAAUUUACGUCUUCGAGCAUCCGACAUGGACCCAUGGUCUGCUAUGCUACAUCUCACCUAUAACAAUUUCUUAAUUCUCCUUCAUCGACCUCAUCCAAGAGCAUCGGCCUACUCUGAUGACUACGGUCCGCACGACGCAGAAAUUUGCAGUGCAGCUGCUGGAGUCAUUGCUUCUAUCUUUGAAGAACUCAGAAUGAACGAUCGACUGAAGUUCCUGUGGUACACCGGUGUCCACAAUCUGUUCACAGCUAUGAUUCAAGUUCGUGUCGAGCUUCGCUUUUCCAAUCCUGUUCUUGCAAUCAACGCCUUGCGCCGAUUCGACUCCGCAUCUUAUUCCUUACGAGAACUGGCUCAGUACUGGGUUCAUGCAGGCACAAUUCUGCGACUCUUUGAAAACUCCAAACGUCUCCAGGAAGAUCUUCGCAUGGCGACUACUGACCGAUCCAAGUCAUAUAAUGGAAUUUCGUCUUCCAGCAAGAUUCCUCUCACAGCCGUCGAAGCAGCAGCAGCCUUACAAGCUGUACAUACACCACGCCCCAUGUCAUUUGGCGUACCCACCCCCGAAUCAACACAUACUCCUAUACAGCAGUCAACACUAUCGCCGCAACCUACUCCACAAUUCGAUAAUUGGAUUACAGCACCUCUUCGACUUAAUGUUGGUCCAUUGGAAAGAGACCCAUACUCGAGUGCUUCGAAUGCUAUGCAAGUGGAUCAAAUGGAUCAAACUCGCGAUUAUCCCGACUGGAGACAACUCUUUUCCUUCACGGAUUCUGAACUCGCGAUGCCGAUGGCUGGAGAUGGUCUUCUUGAGUUAGAAAACGAAUGGAGGCAGAUUUAUUGGCAGGAUACGCCGAUGGCAGAUCUCAUGCAAGAUGGAAGCUGGAUGCCGCCUGCCUAG